AAACCAGCGCAGCCCAGGGAGACAAAACUCCAAAGAACCAAGGCAAAUUUUUGAUAAAGGUGCAUUCCACUUUCUUCCAAUAAAGGAGAAGGGGUAAAAGGAAGUAUACUUGCUUUCUACCCAAGAUGUGGAAUAUUGUUGGGUGGAGUGCAGGGGCUUAUGGUGGAGGCACUGAGAGCAAAGUACAGGGCUGGCAGUGUACGUUGAAGUCCUGAGCAAAAAGCAGAGGCAGGGAGAGGAGGCAAACUCUCACAGCUAUGUCAUGUUCACCUGGCUUUGAGAAUCUUGCAUGUGCGGAGAGCUUGCCAAUAAACACCUGCAUAUCUCAACCGGAUGCUCGUGAACUCCAGGACCAGCUCUUCCAACUGAAGAGAAAGCGCAAAGAAGUCAAAAAACGCUACAGACAAGAGAAAGAAGUAUGGAUGAAAGCAAAGGAAAUGAUACUGAGGGAAGUCACUGGAAUCCAAGCUGAUAAAAACAGAAGAAUUUUGCUAGAUCUCAAGUCCAUUUGGCAAGGUGUUCGGGUUAACAUUAACAAGGAGGAAGAUCAAAAGGCAAAGCUACACCAUCAGUAUUCUAAAGAUAAACAUGCCUGGGAAUUGGAACAAGAAAAGCUAAAUUGUCACUUUAAACAGCUAGAAGAAAAGAAAACUAAAGGGUGUAUGGAAAGAAGGGAAGCGUUUGGGAAAGAGCAGUGUCUGUUGGCCACCAUGGAUCUGAAGAAGCAUUUGGAAGAGAGCGAGAGAAAUUGGAGCAUGGAGAAAAUGGAAUUACUGAGGUGCUUUGAUAAUGAAAGAAAGGAAUGGGAAAGUCAGCUGAAGGAUAUGCAGAAGAAGAUAGAGCAGAUUUACUGGGAUGUGAAUUCAAGACAAGAAUGUAAACUACAUGGACAAAGAAAUGGACAAGGACAAAGAAAAAGCAGAAGAGAUGACUGGGUCCCUACAGAUCAAGGCAUAGAAAAGAAUAGAACUAACUCAUUGUUCAUUGAAGAACUGUCACUUGAAAGUUUUAAAAAAGGUGGUCACGGUCAAAAUAUGGAAAGUACGGAGAAUGAUAAGAACUGCUCCAGUGCAUUGAAUGCAGCUUUACAAGAAAUAGCAAAAGUAAGUGAAGAAUUAUGCAGUUACCAGGAGGAAGUCCAGAAAAAAAUGAGCACCAUAAGAACAAAGUCCUAUCCGUAUUUGCAAGCAUGCCAAGAGAAAAGUAAUGGAACUGAAUUAUUAAUAAAUGAAACCUCCUCAGAUGAGAAAAAUUACAUGUCAAAUGAUACAUUUAAAGCAUUUCAGCCUAUACUUUCUCGACAUCAAAAAUGUUCUGAAGAUCUUCAUAGUGAGAUAAACAGGAAUCACUUCAACAGGGAUAAAUUUGAAAUUUCUGCUGGACCUUCAGGAGGAAAUGGUGUAAAUGAUACUUCUCUCACAAGAGGAAAAGCUCCACCAAUUCCACCAAGGACAUCCUCUUUGUAUCUUGCAAGUACAUUCUUGGUAUUUCCACAGGAUCAUGAGGAUGCUUUGAAGGAGGAUAACAGUAAUUGUGAAUUGCACAGUCGUGUUGCAAGAAAAGGUUGUACUGGCCCUCAUGAAGCAAUGCUACAGAAACAAGGACUGAAAAUUCUUAAAGAUGGAAGGGAUUUUAAAACAUCAGCACCAUUUAUUAGAUAUGAUACAGGUGCUGAGGGCAGUGAGGAUAAUUGCAGCCAGGUGUCAUGUGAUGCAACUGACUUAGUAACUGAAAGCCGAUAUAUUGGUUCAAAAGUACAGUUGUCUUCUGAUAAAAGCCCAGUGUUACUAAUGCAAGAGAAAAAACAAGGUAAAAUAUUGAGGCCAAGAAAAUCUCUGUUUCAGAAAACUACUCGAAUAGAGAGUAACUUUCCCAGGUCUCCAAAGGCAAUAGAAAUGUUCAAUACCAGUAGCAUGCGUCUGCAGUCUGCAGAGGAUGUGCCAACAGGACGAGAUGAUAGCUUCAGCACCUUGAGCACCAAAAGUUGUGACCCUGGUGCAUGUGGAAAAUCUGUGGUGCAGUAUGCAACAACUCCUCACCAAGGAUCUAGCAUUGAAAAUCAUUCUGAAAGAAAUGUCCAUGCAACCAGACAACUUCCUUUAAAUCUUGCAGUUUAUGCAGUUAAACCCCAUAAGCCACUGUCUAUCACCAAUGUAAAAAUAGGUGAGCCAAAGCAUUACCAAGGAUUUCCUUGUCAGAUAGUAGAUAAUGAUAAAAGGCACGUGCUUGACAAGAUCAUUUCAGAUCAUUUUUCCAAUCCAACACAUUUAAGGGAUACAAGGUUGAAUUUUGAUUUUGGUCACACAACAUUGAGAAAGGAUGAAAGAUCAUCAAAUUCUUCCUUUCAAGUGAAGAAUGAAGUUGUGUACUUUGCUGAUGGUACAAAGCAACACACAUCUUGUCCUGAUGCAUUGCAUGGCAAUUCAAAUAGGAUUUCGGACACUUCUCAAAUAAUUCACCUGGAUCAAGAAAAGGAGUUGAAGAAACGAUCACAACAAUCCCAAAGGGUCUCAGGACAGCAACUUUCAUUACCGAUGACUUUGCUGCCUGUGACAGUGAGAUUGAAUGGGAUGAGUUUCUCCCGUCCUGCUAGACCACAAAACCGGCGAUUACCUUCACGAUGGGCAACACAGUCACCAGCGGCACAUAAGUGGCCUUCACAGAAAUGCAAUCAAGCUUUCCGUUUUGAUAUAAAAACUUCAGCGAUAUAACAUGCUACAAGCCCCUUACAAAUUAACAUAUUAUAAUGGCUUUCUUAAAUAAUGCUAUAAUUCAUUCCUAUAAAAUUUUAUCCAGUAUGUAUCCUUCAACUAAUCUCACAUACAAAAAUAGUUGAAAUUAUGAUUGGUAGUCUCCAGUAAUUACUGUAUAUUGACUGUCAUAACCUAAAUAUUUUGCAUAAUUUUCAAUUAUCAUAAAUCAUUUCCAAUAUUUAAUAAUUUUCCAUCCUAUUAAAUAAUUCAGUGUUAUUAUUUUAAAAAUGUUUACUAUAACAUUCUGUAUUUUGUUGCAAACUUGUAUAUCAGCUGUAUUCUAUGAAGAGCAGAAAGCUCAGUUAUUUGCAUGCAAAUGUGUUUGUUUAUGCAUGAAUAGUUGAUGCUGUGUCUUUGGGCAUCUAGGGGACAGUUGGCAUCCAUAGUAUAUGUUCAUGGUGAGCAGCAGUCUAAUUAUAGAAAGCAGGUUUUUAUUUCAAUUAAAAAUAUGUGGAAGUAUAAAAUAAAGCAAGAAGACUGUCUCAUUAUUUAAGUUUAAAUAUGUCUUAUGACUCAAGGCAGUUUGAAGAAUAAAAUGUUGGUCUUACUAAACCUGUUUUCAUCUGUAAAAAAAGUAAAUGUACAAUAUUAAAAAUAAAGCUGACUAGUU